AUGGCAAACGAUCCCAUGCCUGAGGUCGACGAAUUCGAAACUCCAGAAGCCCGCAUUGAACGACUGGGCCGACAACGUCCCGAGAAGUUCAAGUCACUAUGGGCCGAAGCAGGCUUUGUCUUCUCUGUGGUGAUGUCCCAGGUGCUAACUGAGUAUUUCGUGUCUGGCUUCAAUGUUGUCCUGCCAACCAUCGUGGAAGACCUGGGUAUCGCACAGUCUUCAAGCACCUGGCCAGCUGCCGCAUUUUCCCUUGUCGUGUCGUCUUUCCUCUUGAUUUUCGGACGUUUGUCCGACAUGUAUGGCGGCUACCCUGUCUAUCUUGGAGGCGUCGGGUGGCUUGUAAUUUGGUCAAUUGUGGCCGGCUUCUCUCAAAACGAAAUGAUGAUGAAUUUCUGCCGUGCCCUCCAAGGACUCGCCCCCGCAGCAUACCUACCAUCAAGCCUUAUGCUGCUUGGCAGCAUCUACAGGCCUGGACCACGCAAAAACGUCGUAUUCAGCAUCUACGGUGCUUGUGCUCCGCUAGGAUUUUUCAUUGGUAUCUUCUUUGCCGGCGUUGCCGCCGAAUAUGCCACGUGGGGUGCCUACUUCUGGAUCGGAGCCGGCUUAACCGCAAUUACUGCUGUCGUCGCCUACUUCACUGUUCCCUCCGAUAUACAGGAGCGCAAGGGUCUCGGCAUUAAGAUGGACUGGCCAGGUGCUAUCCUCUCCUCGUGCGGGCUGAUCCUCGUCGUGUAUGCCAUUACCGACAGCUCCCACGCGCCAAACGGCUGGGCAACGCCCUACAUUUAUUCACUCCUUAUCGUAGGCGUGCUGGUGCUGGGCGCCGCAAUCUACGUUGAAGGCUGGGUCGCGGAGAUGCCGCUGCUCCCAUUCGAUCUUUUUGACGUCAAGUACAUGAAGCCAUUAAGUCUGGCGCUCUUCUUUACCUACGGUAGCCUCGGUAUCUUUAUGCUGUAUACGACAUUUUAUAUGACCGAAGUCAUGGGCGCAAGCCCUAUGCAGCUUGUCGCGUGGUUCACGCCAAUGGCUCUCGGUGGCUGUAUCAUCGCCACUUGCGGCGGAUUCGUCCUCCAUCUUGUGCCUGGCAGCGUCAUGGUCAUUCUGGCCGGUGUGGCGUGGAUAAUAGCCCCGUUGCUCUUUGCACUUGCGCCCGAGGGCGCCAAUUACUGGGCUUGGAUCUUUCCCUCGAUGAUAUGUGCAACCAUCGGCAUUGACAUUACCUUUAACGUCACAAACAUUUUUAUAACAACAAGUCUUCCGUUCAGACAGCAGGGCCUCGCCGGCGCGCUCAUCAAUUCCGUCCUUCAUCUGAGCAUUGCGUUCUUCCUGGGCUUCUCGGAAGUGAUAGCGACCAACACCAGAGAAAGAGGCCCUAUGCGCAGCUACAAGGCCGUUUUCUGGUUCGAAGUAGCAUGCGCGGCUGUAGCUUUGGUGUUGCUCGUUGGCUUCGUCAAGAUCAACAAAGCAUCAAGCGCAGCGACUGCUGACGAGAUCCAAGCGAUGGCAGAUGCUGAGCGUAUUUCUACUGAGAAGCAGACUCCGGUGGCGCCUGUCUCAACUUGA